AUGGGAGUUGCGGUUCAGCAGCAAAGAGGGCGCCUCCUGUAUUGCGUAUUGAUUCGCUCCGGCUCCCAUUACGCUCAGCCGCGCAUGCCCUGCCCUGGGAGCCGUGCGGUUGUAAUCCUGCCAGGCUACGGCGCGCACAGAGUUAACACUCCCCCCCCUCCCUUCCUGCCGAGAUUCUGUUUCCCUGGCAACUCGCGUGACGUCUCAUGCCCGGGCCCGCAUCUCCGGUUCGGCCAGCGGAGCAGCGUCCUAUCCCUGCUUCUCCUGCCGGUGGCCUUGCACAGGUGUGAGGGAUGCCUCCCCGUCGGCCGGCCGCGACACAUGGAGCCUCCCCUGCUGCCCCUGGCUCUUCUCACCAACCUGACAGCUGCCCCCGCCGGGGCCACGGAGAGCAGCGGCGGCCCCCCAGAGCCCGGGCCCGCCGAGGAGCAGCCAGGCAGCCCCCUGAUGCACGGGGUGGCCGUAGCCUGCCAGGCCCUGCUGCUGCUGGCCAUUUUCCUGCUGUCCUGCCUGGGUAACUGCGCCGUCAUCCUGGUGAUCGCCAAGCACCGGCAGCUGCGCACCGUCACCAACGCCUUCAUCAUGUCGCUGUCGGUGUCCGACUUCCUGGCCGCGCUGCUCUGCCUGCCCUUCUCCUUCGUGCUGCUCUUCAGCCGCGGCGGCGUCUGGCUCUUCGGCGACCGCUUCUGCUUCGCCAACGGCUUCUUCAACUCGUGCUUCGGCAUCGUCUCCACGCUGACCAUGGCCCUCAUCUCCCUGGACCGCUACCUGGCCAUCGUCCGCCAGCCGCAGGAAAAGCUGGGCCGGACCCGCGCCGCUCAGCUGUUGGCCGGGGCUUGGCUGACGGCCCUGGGCUUCUCCUUCCCUUGGUACCUGCUGGCCCGGGAGCACUGGGUGGUCCAUAAGCGGGGCUACUACCACUGCAUGUACGUGUUCCACUCCGCGGGCUCCCGGCUGGGGGCCACCUACAGCAUCACCCUCAUCGUGCUCUGCUACCUGCUGCCCUUCGCCGUCAUGUGCUUCUGCCACUACAACAUCUGCAAGGCCGUGAGGCUGUCGGAGAUCCGCGUGCGGCCGGUGACCACCUACGCCCACCUGCUCCGCUUCUACAGCGAGAUGAGGACAGCCACCACGGUGCUGAUCAUGAUCGUCUUCAUCAUCUGCUGCUGGGGGCCCUAUUGCGUGAUGGGGCUGGUGGCGGCCGCGGGGAACUACCCCUUUACCCCGCUCAUGGACACCGUGGCCAUUUGGAUGGCCUGGGCCAACGGCGCCAUCAACCCGCUCAUCUACGCCAUCCGUAACCCCAACAUCUCCGUGCUCCUCGGCCGCAACCGAGAAGAAGGCUACAGGACUAGGAACAUAGCGGCCUAUCUGUGCACCCAGGGUCAGAGCCGAGAGGCCCGCGGCCGGGCCGACCCGAUCCGUGACCGGUACAGCACCAGGCACGCGCAGGGCAGCCGGGUGUCGUCCUCCAGUCCGGCCAACGGGGGCGACGUGGCUAUGUGGGCUUGUAAGAACCCAACCGUGCUGUUUUGCCGGGACGGCCAACCGGACACCAUGUCGGAGACGGCGGCCAUCAAGACUGAGACGGCGGACACGAGCCUGUAGGGUUGACCUGAUCCGUCAGUACUGACACUGGGGGU